AUGGCGGUCCUGGAUUAUCUCGAAUUCAUCAUUGGCCGGCUGCUGUACCUAAUCCGUGGCCAUGAUUCGCACCAGAUCAUUCAUUGCCUGGCUUUCAAAGGCGUUCCAGAGCCAAACAUGACCCUCGAAGCACCUGAGGUAGGACCCUCGGGCUCCAAGCUCCCUCUCCCAUGUACCUGCAAGGCCGAUGAUGGCAAGGGCUGUCUUCCUGUGCUGCACUGGACCGGUCCAAACUGUCAUGAGGAAGUCCGGGAGUAUGUACUCCUCUGUGAAGACCUCGAUCCGCCGAUCCCAUUCCUCGUCUUCCACCAUGGUCUCCUCUGGGCAAUUCCCGCCUCGACGACCAAGGCCCAAGCGACUGAUGUCCAGCCGGACGAACACGCCAGGAUCUCCCGCCUAACAGUUGCCGGUUGGCGCUUUGUACCGAACUUGCUUGGAUUGCCUUAUGUUGGCGCCGGUGCACCCCUCGGUCAUGGAAAACAUCGCUACGUCUUCACCAUUAUUGCUCUAAAUGAGUCGCUGAAGUUCAAGGCUCCCGAGAAGGCAAGCAAGAAGGAUAUCAAGCGCGCUAUGGUGGGCAAGGUUGUCGGCUGGGCCCAGUGGACUGGCGUCUUUGAAAAGCCCUGGCCCAACUAG